AUGAGUGAGGCAACCGAAGCACCCUCGCAACCUGCGAACAUCAACCGCGAUGGCGAGAAGAUUGUGGAUAUGGAGUACUAUGAGCUUCUUGGUGUUCGUGGCGAUGCCACGGACCUCGAUUUGAAAAAGGCGUACCGCAAAGCAGCAAUCAAGAACCAUCCCGACAAGGGUGGCGAUGAGGAGAAGUUCAAGAUGAUUGGUGAAGCGUAUCGUGUGCUGAGCGAUUCGAAUUUGCGCGCAGACUACGACCGCUAUGGCAAAAAGAAACCCUCAGACGAGGUCGGUCUUAAGGAGGCUACAGAAAUGUUUGGCAACUUGUUUGGCGGAGAGCGUUUUCUGGACUACAUCGGCGAGAUUAGUCUCAUCCGCGACUUUGGCAAGGCGUCCGAGAUUAUGAUGUCGGACGAGGAGCGUGAAGAGCUUGAGAAGCAACUGCGCGAGCAGAGCAAAGGAGACAAGGAAGCGAGCGGCACGCAGACUGUGGAAACGGCGUCUGAAGCCAAGGGCGAGGAUAGCAACCUCGGCGACAAGGCCAGUGGCAAAGCAAGUGACAAGGAUGGAGCCGUGGCUGCCGCUUCGAAAGAGUCCAAGGAGAAGCACAAGCACAAGAUGACCACAGAGCAGCGUGAAAAGCUCGCGAAUUUCGAGAAGGAGAAGGAAGAGAAGGAAAAGAAGCGCAUCGAGGACCUGACGCAAAAGCUCAAAGAUCGCAUCCGUCCUUUUGUCAACGCCAAAAGCCCUGGUGACCCCGAGGAUUCCGAGACGCAACUUUUCCAGAAAAAGAUGCGCGACGAAGCCGAGGACCUGAAGCUCGAGUCGUUCGGCGUCGAGCUCCUGCACACGAUCGGCACCAUGUACCUGACCAAGAGCAACACGUGGCUCAAAACCAAGCGCGGCAACUUUCUCGGCAUGCCGGGCUUUUGGAGCCGCAUGAAGGAGCGCGGCGGCACCAUCAAGGAGAUGUGGAACGUGAUGGGCAGUGCGCUCAAUGUUCAGUCCAGCAUGGAGGAACUUACUCGGCACCAGGACAAGGGCGACUUGAACGAGGAGGAAAUGCAGCAGCUCGAACAGGACAUGAAUGGCAAGAUGCUCCUUGCCACAUGGCGCGGAACGCGCUGGGAGGUCAACACGGUCAUACGCCAGGUGUGCGACAAUGUGUUGAACGAGAAGGGUGUGAGCGACAAGGUGCUUUUGCAGCGCGCAAAAGCGCUGGCCGUCCUUGGCGCAAUCUACAAGCAGGUACAGCCAGACGACUCGGACGACGAGCGCCGCGAGUUGGAGCGCCUCGUUGCACAAGCGGCCGAGAAGAAGAAGGAGAAAAAGUCGCGCUUUUUCCGCAAGGCCGAGCCGCCCAAGCCAGGCAACUAG